AUUUUAUUGCCUUCUAUAGUCUCUCAAUACUAUAAUAUAUAAUUUCCUAACAAAAAUUAUCUUCUUUUGGUCUCUAGAAUUGAGCAUCUUCUACAACAACAACAACAAAACUCAACUAUGAAACCUUCAAUAGAACCAAACAACGAAACAACCAUUGACAUAGAAAAUUCCAAUUCGAAAAGAGCAUCUAUCUCAAACCAACACAAUGUUCCUUUACUACUUCAACCAUCUUAUGCUAGAUCAAAAUCAAUUAUCUAUGAUGAACUAAGAAACUUUCGAAUAUGUCUUAAAUGGUGUGCUCUUGAUCACUCAUCAUGUGUUGGAAAACUCAUUUCUUAUGUCUCAUUCAUCUUCCUCACUUUAAUUGUACCUCUUUUCACAACACUUUUUGUUCAAGUCUCUGCAUCUUCCCCUGAAAAUGAUCCUAUAUCUUUGAACAAACUUGUUCAAAUACCGGAAUCCGCUCUUGCCAUCAUUUCCUUCUUCACUCUCUCACGUUUCUUCCGAAGGUACGGCUUACGACAACUUCUAUUCUUAGAUGCAUUGCAAGAUGAUGCUACAUUCGUUCGUCGCGGCUACGCGCGCGAGCUAGAGAAAGCAUUCAGAUACUUGGGAUACAUAAUCUUACCCUCCUUCUUUGUAGAACUUGGUCAUAAAAUCAUAUUCCUCUCAGCAGUUAAGAUUUCAGCACCACACAUUAGUGCUGGAUUCCCUCUAAACUCAAUUGUAUUUGUAUUAGUGUUAGUUUCUUGGGUAUAUAGAACAGGGGUGUACUUGUUGGUUUGUGUGAUUUUUAGGCUAACUUGUCAACUACAAAUAUUGAGAUUUGAAGGGGUUCACAAGCUUUUUGAAGGGUGUGGGUCAGAAGCAGGGUUUAUAUUUAAAGAACAUGUGAGAAUUAGAAGACAAUUAUGGGUUAUAAGUCAUAGGUAUAGAUUUUUUAUAAUUUGUUGUGUGGUUACAAUGAGUGUUAGUCAAUUAGGUGCUCUAUUGCUAGUUUUGGCUUCCAAGUCAAAGAAGACAUUCUUCAAUUCUGGUGACCUUGUGAUAUGUUCAGCUGUGCAAUUGAGUGGGUUCUUAUUGUGCAUCUUAGGUGCUGCAAAAAUCACACAUAGAGCACAAGGAAUAGUUUCAAUUGCCACAAGAUGGCACAUGUUGGUGACUAAUGCUUUUGCUGAAUCAGAGCAAUGCAAAGAUCAAAUGUCUGAGGCACUAGCUAGUGAUAGCAGUGAUUCUGAUUCCUCAGACAUACACAUAACAAUAAUACCACAACGACUCUCCUCCUUCCAUACCAGACAAUCUUUAGUGACAUAUCUGCAACACAACCAUGGAGGGAUAACAUUGUAUGGGUUUACACUUGAUCGAGGAUUCCUACAUACUCUAUUUGCCUUUGAGUUCUCUAUAGUGCUUUGGAUUCUGAGUAAAGUGGUUGUCUUGUCUUAAACAAAAUAUUCAAGUUUAGAAAGAAAAAUCAAGCCUUGCAUAGGAAACAAGGAAUGUGUAUCAUUAAUUAUAUCUCUUAUAUGAUUGACUAGGUCCCCUUUUUGUGUGUAA